CUAAUCUGCUUAAUUAUAAUGCUGACCUUCUGGAUGCCACCAGCGGAGAAGGGGUGUUUGACAUGGAAUUAUCUCAUUAUCAAGAAGUUUCAUCUGACACCUUAACCAAACUAAUUAAAGAAAAACAAUUAAUAACUUAA